CUUUCUGUGAAAAACACGUUCACUCUCCUGUGAAAAUUUAAAAAGUUUAAUAGGAGACAAGACCAUAGAGUAAAGGCUGUUACGGCCGGGUGCAUAUUGGCCCUCAGGCAAGACUACACUUAUCUUCAGGGAUACCCCUUAAAUCAGCCACUACAUCUAUUGCAUCAGCCUGUUGUGUAUUCAUAAACAAUUAUGCAUAGUAAACUUUUUCCCCAAACUAAUUUACGGAUUCUAAGAACUGUUUAGUUUGGGUCUACCUUUUCAGAGAAUGCGGAUUCCUUGGGUGUGGUUUUAGUCCAUUCUUAACACCUCCAGUUUUUGGGCCCUGGUCCACACUGUCUUCAGAUGAUGGAAAUGAGAACAUCACAGAAGUAGAUGCACUCAAUAUAAGACAAUCACUUGAUCCUGCAGUGGAGUACAAAAUGAACCAUCAAAGAAGAGGACUUGCAUUGAUCUUCAAUCACGAGCACUUUUUUUGGCACUUAAGGCUGAACGACAGACGUGGGACUAUGGCAGACAGAAACAAUCUGCAACGCAGUUUGACAGACCUUGGGUUUGAAGUCAGACUUUUUGAUGACCUGAAAGUAGAAGAUGUGCAGCAGAGAAUUUAUGAAGCCUCUAAGGAGGACCACAGCAAUGCUGACUGCUUUGUGUGUGUGUUCCUGAGCCACGGUGAGGAUGGUCACAUUUAUGCAUAUGAUGACAAAAUCAAAAUUCAGACAAUCACAGACAUGUUCAGAGGAGACAAGUGCCAGAGUUUGGUAGGAAAACCAAAGAUAUUUAUCAUUCAGGCCUGUCGAGGUGAUAAACAUGAUGAUGCAGUCAUUGCUCACGAUGCAACAGACAACAGCAGUGAAUCCCCUGUCAAUGAGACUGAAGUGGAUGCAGCUGGUGUCUACACUCUGCCUGCUGGUGCAGACUUUAUCAUGUGCUACUCUGUGGCAGAAGGCUACUAUUCUCAUCGUGAAACUCUGAAUGGCUCCUGGUACAUCCAAGAUUUGUGUGAGACCCUUAGGAAGCAUGGAUCUUCCUUGGAGUUCACAGAACUUCUUACUGUUGUUAACAGGAAAGUAUCGUAUCGCAGAGUACAUAUGUGCAAAGACAUCAAUGCUAUAGGGAAAAAACAGAUUCCUUGUUUUGCCUCAAUGUUAACUAAAAAAUUGUAUUUUCAUCCAAAAUCUAAGUAGAUUAUUUAGCAGAGCUAAAUUACUCUUUACCACUACUAUUACCUGCUGCAGAGCAAAGAAUACCAUCUUAGUUGAGGAGACGUAAUAUUCUGCAAGACUGUCUGCAGCAUCACUGGGAUCAGACGUUACAGUUUGUACAUCUAAUAGUUUCUAAAAUCUUGAAGCAGUUUUAAAGUUAGAAUUACACCAGGGAAUUAAUCUCAGGGAAUAUGGGAGAAGUUGACUGGUGCCAAAGUCUUAGAAGGUGCUCAGGUUUUAUGGAAACUGAUGAUCCAGACUACUUUUUUCUUAAAAGCUUCUUGCUUGAUUGCCAUCUAAUUAUGGCACAUUUUACUAUUUCCAAAACAUUUCUCAUAUUCUAUUAGAUUAACUUGUCUUGCUCCUAGAGCACAGUUUACAGGGAAUAUGGUCUAUAAGACAUCUUUUUAAAUUUGCAGACAGCAGAAUCCACAACUUUUGUAGCUUUUUUGGGCUUUUUAGGCAUUUUUAAUUUUCUUGCAACACUAAAAAGGAACUUAAUUCCUUGAAUACAACUAUAGCAUUAAUACAGAAUUAAUCAAAUAGGGUUGAUUAAUAAAGGGUUUCCUUUUACUUGAAUAUAAUUGAUGCUUGGGGUACAAUUACAGUUUGCUGGUGCUUUGCAUCCUCAGGAGAUAAACAGCAGUACUGAGACAAGACCAUGCACAGUUUGCUCAGGGUGAUCUUGCCUUGUCUGUAUCUCUAAAGCUAAAGCUGCUGGCCAUCUCUAGGCAGCUCUACAAAAUAUAACAUAUGCAAACCUUCAGGCUUCAGGCCUUUGAGUUGCAUCAGGCCUCCUCUUGGCCAUGGAGAAGAUCAGCCAUACCUCUGGCAUUGUGUACAUAAAAGUGAUGGUGCAUGGUCACCACAGGAUUGUUACUGCUGCAAGUAAUUGUGGUGCUGACUUGAACCAGAUAAUAUAUUUUUUUUUAGCAUUAUUAAUUGUUCCUCUGGGGGUCAACAGAGAACUCAAACUGAGCAAAGUGUCUUAAUCCACUUUCCUGGGGAAAAAAUAAUUGGUUUACUGGUUCUGCUUUAGUUAAGUCUUUCUGUGUACAAUGUUCUGAGUCAUCGAUGCUGUAUCUUACUACACCUUCUUUUAAACAGGUGUAUAAUCAUGUAUGCUUGAAUGUUUUGAUAAAUUCUUUUAA